AUGGCUGUAAUUUUUUAUUAAAUUUAUUAAAGCUAGAAAAAAGUUAAUUAUUAAAAUCAAACAUCAAAUUGUCCUUCUUUCAGAUUCCAUUCCGAUGUAUUGUUCUAACCACAAGUGUCCUGAAUACAUCUCGCCGAACUGCAGUUAUCACGAAACGUCAACAAAUGAUUACAAAUCUCCAAUUAUCUGAUUGGAUUGAACAAACUGAAACCGAUCACGCAUUUCGAUCUUCUAAUAUUCCCCCUGGAAUUGAGAUCAAAUAUUGGACCACACAAGACGAUUUAUCCGAAAAUCAUCGAAAAAUUGUGGAAAAUUUUAGAUUUGAUGGUGGAUUUUGGAAAGCGCCCGAAAUUGAAAGAGCUGCACUUUUGGAUAGUCCGAAGAAUGAGUUUCAUGGAAAAUUUAAAUUUUUGAAGGAAAUAUUGGACACGUUUUUGAGAAUGGGUAGGUUUUUUUUUGGAAAAAAUUAGAUUUUCUUUGAAAAAAAAACAUUUAAUUUCAGACAAAUCUGUGAAGGGUAUUAUUCUAACACGAAAUGAAGCUAACCGGUUAGAAGUUGAAAAAUAUCUUGCGCUGAAUUUCGCACAAAUCUCGAAUUCGAAACAAGUUUUAGCAAUGACUUCGAAAAAACUGAUGGAAAUUGUUGAUUUUUCGAAUGUGACUUUUAUUAUUUGCAUGGAUCGAGAAUCGAUUUUUAAUGUUAAACGAUAUCAGGGAGCAUAUUUGGCGAUUUUGCAUAGGGAUUUUGAGAAAUUGGUGGGUUUUUUGAGGGUCAGGAAAUUCCGAAUCAUCAAUGGUUAGUCUAUCAAAAAAAAUUCUCCCUUCUAGAUUUUUUUUUGUAUAAAAUUUUUUUGAAACAGUAAUUUUUGGGGAAAUUUUUUUGGUCGGAAAACGUUUUCGAUUACAAAAUUAUUUUAAUAUUUUGAAAUUUCUUUUUUUUUCUGACUUUUUUAAAUCUAAAAAUCUUCAGAUUCACUUUAUAAAAUUAUCCUCUUGAAUUCUCUCAAUUUUCCAGCGUCGUGAAGAUGGUCGAAUAAUUGUCGAAGAUUUCAAAUCAACAGCUUCAUCUUCUUCAAAACCUCAAAAAGUUGGAGCAUUGGAAAGAUAUGAAUUCAAGUUCGAAAAGAGUCGCCUGAAAAUUAAUGCUCUAAAAAUGCCUGUCGAAUAUUUUCUACCAACUUCAAGCUCAAGUUCUGAGAAACCUUCAAGUUCCACCAAUCAAAUCUCGAAAAAUCAUCCAAAAAAUCCAGAAUCAAACACAACGAUUCUGAUGUCAACAAAAGAACAUCAGGAAUUGAUAUCAAGGAUCAAAAACAUUGAUUUUAGCAAAUAUCGACAGAAAAAUCGAAGAAUGAUAUUUGGAGAAAUGAACGAGGAUUUGAUUUGUUGGAAUCAGGAUGCGCAAUAUUUGGGAGAUUUGAAAUCGAGUAAGAAAACUCUGAAAAUGGUGGAAUAUUUGAGAAAUGAAAAAGUGGAAAGAAGUUGUAAAGUGAAACAGUUAUUUGAGUAUACUAAUGAAAUGUAGGUUUUUUUGAGGGAGGGGGAGGGGAGCAGGGAGUUGAAAAAAUAAGAAUGAAAUUAAUUUUCAAAUUAACUUAAGUACAGAAAAAGAUUGUUUUCUGAAAUUCAUGAAAUUUCUCAAAAUAUUUUUAAAAUAAACUUUCUGAAAAAUUUGAAGUUUUUGAGAAAAAAAGUUUUUCUGAAAAUUUCGAAAUGGGUGUUUUCGCUAGAAAACUAUAAUUUUGAGGAUAAAUUUAAAAUUUUUGAAAAAUCUAUGAAACUUUAAUUUUCCUUAGAAUUUGUAAUUUUCAUUUUCAAUUUUUUCAAAUGCGGUGAUUUUUUUGAUGAAAAAUCUGAAAUUUCUAAAAGUUUUUACUCUUAAAAAUUUUUGCAUUUUUUUUCCACAAAAUUAGUUUCAAGAAGAACUAUCCAAAAAUUGUUACAAAAAUUUCACUGUUUCAGAAAUUUUUGAAAAUUUAUUCCACUUCAAAAUUUUCGAUUAACUAUCUUUGUUACAGUUAAAGUAUUUACAAACUUCAAAAUUUCAAUUUUCAUUCCUUUAUUUUUUUCAAAUGCUCCAAAUACUCAAGUUUCUGUCGGUAUUAAAUAAUGAGAACUUUAAUGAGUUUUCAAAAUUCCCCCGAAUCCUCAUAUUUUUCAGUUCCAACCCACGCCACAUCUCAAAUCUCGACAAACUUUUGCAAAAAAUCGACCAACUUCUUCUCCCAAAAUAA